UCCUCAGGCAGGCGAGCGGGUGGCUGCGGGCGGGCAGGCGGGCGCCGAGCUUGCGAGUGAUCGGAGCGGGCCAGGCCAUGGGGCGGCGGGCAGCGGGCACGCUGCUGCUGACGGUGCUGCUGCACUGGCAGCUGCUCUUGGUGGCCCUUGCGCUGAGGGCGUACGAUGGCCCAUCUCUGCCUGAGGACGCGGAGACGGUCACAGCAGGCCGGGCUGGCUGGGGCUACUCGGACCUGUCUGAUGAUGAGGACUUGCUGGCUGAUGAAGCCUCUGGAGAUGAACUGGGCAGCGGGGAAGAGGGCAGCGGGAUCUUCCAGAUGGUUUAUUUCCGAGCCCUGGUGAAUUUCACUCACUCCAUCGACUACAGCCCUCAGCUGGAGGACGCAAGCUCUGAGGCGUUCCAAGAAGUCUCCAAGGCUGUGGUAGACACGCUGGAGUCAGAGUACUUGAAGAUUCCUGGAGACCAGAUUGUCAGUGUGGUGUUCAUCAAGGAGCUGGACGGCUGGGUCUUUGUGGAGCUGGAUGUGGGCUCCGAAGGAAACGCGGACGGGGCUCAGAUUCAGGAGGUGCUGCACAGGGUCGUCUCCAGUGGCUCCAUUGGCUCCUACAUCAUCUCUCCCCAGGGAUUCCAGUUUCGACGCCUGGGCACAGCACAGACACCCCCGCCCCCCUUGGCCGCUGUGGCGGCUGCAGUUACACCAGUGCCCCAGGUCCCGAGAGUCUGCACCGAGGCCGAGUUUGCCUGCCGCAGCUACAAUGAGUGUGUGGCCCUGGAGUAUCGCUGUGACCGGAGGCCCGACUGCAGGGACAUGUCUGAUGAGCUCGACUGUGAAGAGACAGUCUUCAUACCAACCCGUUUGGCGGAGGCUUUACCUAUAACACCACGGCCAGAGGCAACCACCACACGCCCUCUACCAGUCACUCCGGCUCCCCAGCCGCUGUACCCUGGUCCAGACAGGCUUACACCCUGUGGGCCCCUUGAGGCCACAUGCCGCAGUGGGCACUGCAUCCCCAAAGACUAUGUCUGUGAUGGGCAGGAGGACUGCAAGGAUGGCAGUGAUGAGCUGGACUGCGGCCCCACUCCGCCCUGUGAGCCCAACGAGUUUCCCUGUGGAAAUGGGCACUGCGUCCUCAAGCUGUGGCGCUGCGAUGGCGACUCUGACUGUGAAGACCACACCGAUGAGGACGACUGCCCUGCCAAGCGCCCCGAGGACGUGUGCGGGCCCACGCAGUUCCGCUGUGUCUCCACGAACACGUGCAUCUCGGCCAGUUUCCACUGUGAUGAGGAGAGCGACUGUCCUGACCGCAGCGACGAGAUUGGCUGCAUGCCUCCCCAGGUGGUGACCCCUCCUCAGGAGUUGAUCCAGGCUUCCCGGGGCCAGACGGUGACCCUCACCUGUGUGGCCAGUGGUGUCCCCACCCCCAUCAUCAACUGGCGGCUCAACUGGGGCCAUAUCCCUUCUCAUCCCAGGGUGACAGUGACCAGUGAGGGAGGCCGUGGCACGCUGACCAUCCGAGAUGUGAAGGAGGCAGACCAGGGUGCCUAUACCUGUGAGGCCAUGAAUGCCCGAGGCAUGGUGUUCGGCAUUCCUGACGGUGUCCUGGAGCUCAUUCCACAGCGAGGGCCCUGCCCCGACGGGCACUUCUACCUGGAGCACAGCGCCUCCUGCCUGCCCUGCUUCUGCUUCGGCGUUACCAGCGUGUGCCAGAGCAGCCGCCGCUUCCGGGACCAGAUCCGGCUGCGCUUUGACCAGCCUGGUGACUUCAAGGGUGUGAACGUGACCAUGCCCGCGCAGCCCGGCAUGCCGCCCCUCUCCUCCACCCAGCUGCUGGUCGACACUGCUCUGCAGGAGUUCCAGCUGGUCGAUCUGUCCCGACGCUUCCUGGUCCACGACUCUUUCUGGGCUCUGCCCGAGCAGUUCCUGGGCAACAAGGUGGACUCCUAUGGCGGCUUGCUGCGCUACAAGGUGCGCUAUGAGCUGGCACGUGGCACGCUGGAGCCAGUGCAGCAGCGGCCGGACGUGGUCCUCGUGGGUGCCGGAUAUCGCCUACUCUCCCGAGGCCACACGCCCACCCAGCCCGGUGCUCUGAACCAGCGCCAGGUCCAGUUCUCCGAGGAGCACUGGGUCCAUGAGUCUGGACAGCCAGUGCAGCGAGCCGAGAUGAUGCAGGUGCUGCAAAGCCUGGAGGCUGUGCUCAUCCAGACAGUGUACAAUACCAAGAUGGCCAGCGUGGGGCUGAGCGACAUUGCCAUGGAUACGACUGUCACCUAUGCCACCAGCCACGGCCGCGCCCACAGUGUGGAGGAGUGCAGAUGCCCUGUUGGCUAUUCUGGCUUAUCCUGUGAGAGUUGCGAUGCCCACUUUACCCGGGUGCCUGGUGGGCCCUACCUGGGUACCUGCUCUGGCUGCAACUGCAAUGGCCAUGCCAGCUACUGUGACCCUGUGUACGGCCACUGCCUGAAUUGCCAGCACAACACAGAGGGGCCACAGUGCAACAAGUGCAAGGCCGGCUUCUUUGGGGAUGCCACGAAGGCCACAGCUACUGCCUGCCGGCCCUGCCCUUGCCCGUACAUCGAUGCUUCCCGCAGAUUCUCAGACACCUGCUUCCUGGACACAGAUGGCCAAGCCACAUGUGACGCCUGUGCCCCAGGCUACACAGGCCGCCGCUGUGAGAGCUGUGCCCCCGGCUAUGAGGGCAACCCCAUCCAGCCGGGUGGGAAGUGCAGGCCCACCAACCAGGAGUUUGCACGCUGUGAUGAGCGAGGCAGCCUGGGGCCCUCUGGGGAGGCCUGCCGCUGUAAGAACAACGUGGUGGGGCGCCUGUGCAAUGAAUGUGUCGCUGGUUCUUUCCACCUGAGUGCCCGCAACCCCGACGGCUGCCUGAAGUGCUUCUGCAUGGGCGUCAGUCGCCAGUGCACCAGCUCCUCUUGGAGCCGUGCCCAGGUGCUCGGUACCUCCGAGACACCUGCUGAGUUCAGCCUGAUCAACGCCGCCGGCACCCACACCACCAGCAUGGGCAUCUCAUCCCCCGUGCCCGGGGAACUGGUCUUCUCCUCCUUCCACAGCCUCCUAUCUGGACCCUACUUCUGGGUCCUCCCUUCGCGCUUCCUGGGGGACAAGGUGACCUCCUAUGGAGGACAGCUGCGCUUCACAGUGACCCAGCGGCCACAGCCCAGCUCCCUGCCCCUGCACAGGCAGCCGCUGGUGGUCCUGCAGGGCAAUGGCAUCGUCUUGGAACAUCACCCCUCCCGGGAGCCCAGCCCCGGCCAGCCCAGCACCUUCACUGUGCCCUUCCGGGAGCAAGCAUGGCAGCGGCCAGACGGGCAGCCGGCCACACGGGAGCACCUGCUGAUGGCGCUGGCGGGCAUUGACACUCUCCUGAUCCAGGCAUCCUACAGCCAGCGGCCAGCUGAGAGCAGGAUCUCUGGCAUCAGCAUGGAUGUGGCCGUGCCUGAGGACACUGGCCAGGACUCUGCCCUGGAAGUGGAACAGUGCACCUGCCCACCCGGGUACCGUGGCCCAUCCUGCCAGGACUGUGACACAGGCUAUACCCGCAUGCCCAGUGGCCUCUACCUGGGCACCUGUGAACGCUGCAGCUGCCACGGCCACACAGAGGUCUGUGAGCCUGAAACAGGGGCCUGCCAGGAUUGCCAGCACCACACAGUGGGCCCUCGGUGUGAGCAGUGCCAGCCAGGAUACUACGGGGACGCCCAGCGAGGGACGCCGCAGGACUGCCAGCCAUGCCCAUGCUAUGGAGCCCCCUCUGCUGGCCAGGCCACCCACACGUGCUUUCUGGACACAGAUGGCCACCCUACCUGUGAUGCGUGCUCCACAGGCCACAGCGGGCGACACUGUGAGAGGUGUGCCCCAGGUUACUAUGGCAAUCCCAGCCAGGGCCAGCCCUGCCGAAGAGAAGGCCAAAUUCCAGAGCCCAUCAGCUGUGGCUGCGACCCCCAGGGCAGCGUCGGCAGCCAGUGUGACGCUGCUGGCCAAUGCCAGUGCAAGGCCCAGGUGGAAGGCCUCACCUGCAGCCACUGCCGGCCCCACCACUUCCACCUGAGCAUCAGCAACCCCGACGGCUGCCUGCCCUGCUUCUGCAUGGGCAUCACCCAGCAGUGCGCCAGCUCCUCUUACACCCGACACCUGAUCUCCACCCGCUUUGCCCCAGGGGACUUCCAAGGCUUUGCCCUGGUGAAUCCACAGCGGAACAGCCGCCUGACGGGAGGCUUUACAGUGGAACCCGUGCCUGAGGGUGCCCAGCUCUCUUUUGGCAACUUCGCCCAACUUGGCCAUGAAUCCUUCUACUGGCAGCUGCCGGAGACAUACGAGGGAGACAAGAGGGAGGCCUAUUUUGCGCGGCUGCGCCGGGCUCACCAGAACCGCACGUCCCUCUCAGAGGAGCAGUUGCGGGUAGCUGUGACUUCUGGGAGGAUCCUGGGACCCCCAGAGGGCAGGGGCCAGGCACAGCGGCUACCACAGGUGGACGAGGCCCAGAGGAGGAUGGAUGCUGAGAUCUGGCAGCUGCUUUCCAGCUUCGCUGCCCACCCCCGCCCCCCUCCCCCGGGGUUCUUACCCCAUCCCCAGCCGGCAGCUGCUCUGCGAGCUGUUCCACCCCCCUCCUCCUCCGCCUCCUCCCCAGCUUCUCUGUCUUCUGUACGCUCUCAGUUCUCUCUGUCCUAUGAAGGCUUCUCUCUGCUUCCUGAAAGCCUCUAUUACUGGCAGCUGCCCCAAGCCUUCCUGGGGAACAAGGUGGCAGCCUAUGGCGGGAAGCUUCAAUACACCCUGUCCUAUACAUCUGGGGCCCAGAGCAGCCCGCUCUCUGACCCUGACGUCCAGAUCACGGGCAACAACAUCAUGCUGGUGGCCUCCCAGCCAGCGCUGCAGGGCCCAGAGAGGAAGCGCUAUGAGAUCGUUUUCCGAGAGGAAUUCUGGCGCCGGCCUGAUGGACAGCCAGCCACACGCGAGCACCUCCUGAUGGCGCUGGCCGACCUGGACGAGAUCCUGGUGCGGGCCACAUUCUCCUCGAUGCCAGUGGCAGCCAGCAUCAGCUCGGUCAGCCUGGAGGUGGCCCGGCCAGGGCCCUCUCAGGGACCCCGGGCCCUGGAGGUGGAGGAAUGCCGCUGUCCCCCAGGCUAUGUCGGCUUGUCUUGCCAGGACUGCGCCUCAGGCUACACACGCACUGGGAGUGGACUCUACCUCGGCCACUGUGAGCUGUGUGAAUGCAAUGGCCACUCGGACCUGUGCCACCCAGAGACGGGGGCCUGCUCGCAAUGCCAGCACCACACCGCCGGGGAGUUCUGCGAGCUGUGUGCGCCUGGCUACUAUGGAGAUGCCACGGCCGGAACGCCCGAGGACUGCCAGCCCUGUGCCUGCCCGCUCACCAACCCCGAGAACAUGUUCUCCCGCACCUGUGAGAGCCUGACGGCUGGUGGGUACCGCUGCACGGCCUGCGAACCUGGCUACACCGGCCAGUACUGUGAGCAGUGCGCCCCAGGUUACGUGGGGAACCCGAACGUGCAGGGUGGUCGGUGCCUGAACCAGGCAGACCAAGCCCCUCUGGUGGUCCAGGUGCAGCCAGCUCGGAGCAUAGUACCCCAAGGCAGCCCCCACUCCCUGUGGUGCCAGGUCAGUGGGAGCCCACCCCACUACUUCUACUGGUCUCGUGAGGAUGGGCGGCCCUUGUCCAGUGGCACCCAGCAGCGACAUCAAGGCUCCGAGCUGCACUUCCCCAGUGUCCAGCCCACAGAUGCCGGAGUCUACGUCUGCACCUGUCGCAAUCUCCAUCAUGCCAACACCAGCCGGGCAGAACUACUGGUCACCGAGGCUCCAAGCAAGCCCAUCACAGUGAGGGUGGAAGAGCAGCGGAGCCAGAGUGUGCGCCCCGGGGCCGACGUCACCUUCAUCUGCACAGCCAAGAGCAAGUCUCCGGCUUAUACCCUGGUGUGGACCCGCCUGCACAAUGGGAAACUGCCAGCCCGAGCCAUGGAUUUCAACGGCAUCCUGACCAUUCGCAACGUCCAGCCGAGUGACGCGGGCACCUACGUGUGCACUGGCUCCAACAUGUUCGCCAUGGACCAGGGCACAGCCACACUGCAUGUGCAAGCCUCGGGCACCCCAUCUGCCCCCGUGGUCUCUAUCCACCCACCACAGCUCACAGUGCAGCCCGGGCAGCAGGCCGAGUUCCGCUGCAGCGCCACAGGACACCCCACGCCCACCCUUGAGUGGACAGGGGGCCCUGGUGGCCAGCUUCCCCAGAAGGCACAGAUCCACGGUGGCAUCCUGCGCCUGCCCGCCGUCGAGCUCUCGGACCAAGCCCAGUACCUGUGCCGUGCCCACAGCAGCGCUGGGCAGCACGUGGCCAGGGCCGUGCUCCACGUGCACGGGGGCAAUGGGCCCAGGGUGCAGGUGAGUCCGGAGAGGACCCAGGUGCACGAAGGCCGCACUGUCAGGCUGUACUGCAGGGCUCCAGGCGUGCCCAGUGCCACCAUCACCUGGAGGAAGGAAGGGGGCAGCCUCCCCCCACAGGCCCAGCCCGAGCACACGGACAUCGCCACGCUGCUCAUCCCAGACAUCACAACUGCCGAUGCCGGCUUCUACCUCUGUGUGGCCACCAGCCCUGCGGGCACCGCGCAGGCCCGGAUUGAAGUGGUCGUCCUCUCAGCUUCAGGUACCAGCUCCCCGCCAGUCAGGAUUGAGUCCUCAUCACCUUCUGUGACUGAAGGGCAGACUCUAGACCUCAACUGUGUGGUGGCAGGGGUGGCCCAAACCCAGGUCACAUGGUACAAGCGCGGGGGCAGUCUGCCCGCCCAUACCCAGGUGCACGGCUCCCGGCUUCGGAUCCCUCAGGUUUCCUCCGCUGAUUCUGGAGAAUACGUGUGCCGUGUGGAGACCGGGUCAGGCUCCAAGGAGGCCUCCAUCACCGUCUCUGUCCUCCAUAGUACCCAUUCCGGCCCGAGCUACACCCCAGGUGUGGAGCCAGGUCCUGGUGGAAGCCCAGCUCGGGGCGGCUCCCAGCCCAUCCGAAUCGAGUCCUCCUCCUCCCAUGUGGCUGAAGGGCAGACCCUGGAUCUGAACUGUGUGGUGCCCGGGCAGGCCCAUGCCCAGGUCACAUGGCACAGGCGCGGAGGCAGCCUCCCUGCCCGGCACCAGACCCACGGCUCCCUGCUGCGGCUGAACCAGGUGUCCCCAGCCGACUCUGGCGAAUAUGUGUGCCGAGUAGUCCUUGGUUCUGGGCCCUUGGAGACAUCUGUCCUCGUCACCAUCGAGGCCUCUGACUCCAGCACUAACUCCAUGCCUGCCCCAGGACCUGUCCCUCCUGUCAGGAUCGAGUCCUCGUCCUCCACGGUGGCCGAGGGACAAACCCUGGAUCUGAGCUGUGUGGUGGCAGGGCAGGCCCACGCCCAGGUCACGUGGUACAAGCGCGGGGGCAGCCUCCCCGCCCGGCACCAGGUGCGCGGCUCCCGGCUCUACAUCUUCCAGACAUCACCAGCUGACGCAGGCGAGUACGUUUGCCGGGCCAGCAAUGGUGUGGAGGCCUCCAUCACAGUCACAGUAACCAGGACCCAGGGGGCCAACUUUGCCUACCCUCCUGUUGGCACCCAGCCCAUCCGCAUCGAGUCCUCCUCCUCCCACGUGGCUGAAGGGCAGACCCUGGAUCUGAACUGCGUGGUGCCCGGGCAGGCCCACGCCCAGGUCACGUGGCAUAAACGUGGGGGCAGCCUCCCCGCCCGGCACCAGACCCACGGUUCCCUGCUGAGACUCUACCAGGUGUCCCCCGUUGACUCCGGCGAGUAUGUGUGCCGCGUGGUGGGGGGCUCGGUGCCUCUGGAGGCGUCUGUCCUGGUCACCAUUGAGCCUGUAGGCACCGUUCCUGCGCUCGGGGUGACCCUCCCAAUUCGGAUUGAGUCCUCCUCCUCCCACGUGGCAGAAGGGCAGACCCUGGAUCUGAACUGCCUGGUGACUGGGCAGGCCCAUGCCCAGGUCACAUGGCACAAGCGUGGGGGCAGCCUUCCUGCUCGGCACCAGGUGCACGGCUCAAGGCUGCGGCUGCCCCAGGUGACCCCAGCUGACUCUGGGGAGUACGUGUGCCGCGUGGGCAGCAGCUCGGGCACCCAGGAAGCCUCGGUCCUCGUCACCAUCCAGAAGCGCCUUGGCCCCUCCCUGUCCCAGAGUGUGGUGUACCCUGUCCGCAUUGAGUCCUCCUCGGCCUCCCUGGCCAACGGACAUACCCUGGACCUCAACUGCCUGGUGGCCAGCCAAGCCCCCCACACCAUCACCUGGUAUAAGCGUGGAGGCAGCCUACCCAGCCGGCACCAGAUCGUGGGCUCCCGGCUACGGAUCCCCCAGGUGACGCCCGCAGACUCAGGCGAGUACGUGUGUCACGUCAGUAACGGUGCCAGCUCCCAGGAGACUUCACUGAUCGUCACCAUCCAGGGCAGCAGCUCCUCCCAUGUCCCCAGUGUCGCCCCAGCAAUCAGGAUCGAGUCCUCGGCCCCCACAGUGGUCGAAGGGCAGACCUUGGAUCUGAACUGCGUAGUCGCUGGGCAGCCCCAGGCCAUCAUCACAUGGUACAAGCGUGAGGGCAGCCUUCCUACCCGACACCAGGCCCACGGCUCCCUCCUGCGGCUGUACCAGAUGUCCGUGGCUGACUCGGGCGAGUACGUGUGCCGGGCGAACAACAACAUCGAUGCCCGGGAGGCUUCCAUCAUGGUCUCAGUCUCCCCCAACGCCGGCAACCCCUCCGUCCCUGGCAGUGCCAUGCCCAUCAGAAUUGAGUCAUCAUCUUCCCACGUGGCCGAAGGGCAGACCCUGGAUCUCAACUGUGUGGUCCCUGGACAGGCCCACGCCCAGGUCACGUGGCAGAAGCGUGGGGGCAGCCUCCCCGCUCACCACCAGGCUCACGGCUCACGGCUGCGGCUGCACCGGGUGUCCCCGGCUGACUCGGGCGAGUACAUGUGUCGUGUGGUGAGCGGCUCUGGCUCCCUGGAGGCCUCAGUCCUGGUCACCAUUGAGGCCUCUGGCCCUAGCACUGUUCCUGUCCCUGUCCCAGGCAGAGCUCCACCCAUCAGAAUCGAGACCUCCUCCUCCCACGUGGCUGAAGGGCAGACCCUGGAUCUGACCUGCGUGGUACCCGGGCAGGCCCACGCCCAGGUCACGUGGCACAGACGCGGGGGCAGCCUCCCUGCCCGGCACCAGGCCCAUGGCCCCCUGCUGAGGCUGAACCAAGUGUCCCCUGCUGACUCUGGGGAGUACUCAUGCCAGGUAACCAGCAGCUCGGGCACCCUGGAGGCUUCUGUCCUGGUCACGAUUGAGGCCUCCAGCCCAGGCCCCAUUCCUGCCCCAGGACUGGCCCAGCCCAUCUCCAUCGAGGCCUCCUCCUCCCACGUGGCUGAAGGGCAGACCCUGGAUCUGAACUGUGUGGUGCCUGGGCAGGCCCACGCCCAGGUCACAUGGUACAAGCGCGGAGGCAGCCUCCCCUCCCGGCACCAGACCCACGGCUCCCUGCUACGGCUCCCCCACCUCUCCCCUGCGGACUCCGGCGAGUACGUGUGCCGUGUAGUCGGCGUCGCAGGCCCCGAGCAGGAGGCCUCCUUCACAGUCACUGUGCCACCCAGUGCGGGCUCCUCCUACCGCCUUAGUAGCCCCGUCAUCUCCAUCGACCCGCCCAGCAGCACCGUGCAGCAGGGCCAAGAUGCCAGCUUCAGGUGCCUGAUCCACGACGGGGCAGCCCCCAUCAGCCUUGAGUGGAAGACUCGGAACCAAGAGCUGGAGGACAACGUCCACAUCAGCCCCAAUGGCUCCAUCAUCACCAUUGUCGGCGCCCGGCCCAGCAACCACGGCACCUACCGCUGUGUGGCCUCCAACGUCUAUGGCGUGGCCCAGAGUGUCGUGAACCUCAAUGUACACGGGCCCCCUGCGGUGUCUGUGCUCCCCGAGGGCCCCGUGCGGGUGAAAGUGGGCAAGGCCAUCACCCUGGAAUGUGUCGGUGCUGGUGAGCCCCGCUCUUCGGCUCGCUGGACCCGGCUCGGCACCCCCGCUGGCGUGGAGCAGCAGGUGUUCGGGCUCGUGGACAGCCACACCCUGCUGCAGAUUCCAUCGGCUAAGCCGUCGGAUGCUGGCACCUACGUGUGCCUGGCACAGAAUGCACUAGGCACAGCACAGAAGCGGGUGGAGGUGAUUGUGGACACGGGCAGCGUGAUCCCAGGGGCCCCGCAAGUCCAGGUGGAAGAAGUGGAGUUGACUGUGGAAGCUGGACACACGGCCACCCUGCGCUGCUCAGCCACAGGCAGCCCCACGCCCACCAUCCACUGGUCUAAGCUGCGCUCCCCCCUGCCCUGGCAGCACAAGCUGGAAGGAGACACACUGAUCAUCCCCCGAGUAGCCCAGCAGGACUCGGGCCAGUACAUCUGCAAUGCCACCAGUCCUCUCGGACAUGCUGAGGCCACCAUUGCCCUGCAUGUGGACAGCCCACCGUAUGCCACCACAGUCCCAGAGCACGCUUCGGUGAGGGCAGGAGAGACGGUGCAGCUCCAGUGCCUGGCUCAUGGGACGCCCCCGCUCACCUUCCAGUGGAGCCGCGAGGGUGGUAGCCUCCCCAGGAGGGUGACGGCCAGGAACGAGAUGCUCCGCUUUGAGUCUGCAGCCCCUGAGGACUCGGGCCGCUACCGCUGUCAGGUCACCAACAAGGUGGGCCUGGCCGAGGCCUUCGCCGAGGUGCUGGUUCAAGGUGCCUCUGGCUCUCUCCCUGCCACCGCCAACCCAGCAGGAUCCACACCCGCCGUUCAGGUCACGCCUCAGCAGGAGACCAAGAGCACUGGGGCCAGCGUGGAGUUUCACUGCGCUGUGCCCAGCGACCAAGGCACCCAGCUCCGCUGGUUCAAGGAAGGGGGUCAGCUGCCUCCUGGCCACAGCGUACAGGAUGGGGUGCUCCGAAUCCAGAACUUGGACCAGAGCUGCCAAGGGACAUAUGUUUGCCAGGCCCAUGGACCAUGGGGACAGGCUCAGGCCAGUGCCCAGCUGAUUGUCCAAGCCCUGCCCUCCGUGCUCAUCAACAUCCGGACCUCCGUGCAGACCGUGGUGGUCGGCCACGCUGUGGAGUUCGAGUGCCUGGCCCUGGGUGACCCCAAGCCUCAAGUGACAUGGAGCAAAGUGGGAGGACGCAUGCGGCCCGGCAUCGUGCAGAACGGAGGCAUUGUCAGGAUCGCCCACGUGGAGAUGGCUGACGCCGGGCAGUACCGCUGCACCGCUACCAAUGCCGCCGGCACCACCCAGUCCCACGUGCUGCUGCUCGUGCAAGCCUUGCCCCAGAUCUCAACGCCCCCAGAGGUCCGAGUGCCUGCUGGUUCUGCAGCUGUCUUCCCCUGCAUGGCCUCUGGCUACCCGACUCCUGACAUCACCUGGAGCAAGCUGGAUGGGAAUCUGCCACCUGACAGCCGCGUGGAGAACAACAUGCUGCUGCUGCCCUCGGUUCGACCCCAGGACGCAGGCACCUAUGUCUGCACUGCCACUAACCGUCAGGGCAAGGUCAAAGCCUUUGCCAAUCUGCAGGUGCCAGAGCGGGUGGUACCCUACUUCACGCAGACCCCCCACUCCUUCCUGCCACUGCCCACGAUCAAGGAUGCCUAUAGGAAGUUCGAGAUCAAGAUCACCUUCCGGCCUGACUCAGCUGAUGGCCUCCUUCUCUACUCGGGGAUGCUGCUGUACAAUGGCCAGAAGCGGAUCCCCGGCAGCCGCACCAACCUGGCCAACAGGCUGCCCGACUUCAUCUCCUUUGGCCUCGUGGGUGGAAGGCCUGAGUUCCGGUUUGACGCAGGCUCAGGCAUGGCCACCAUCCGCCACCCCACCCCGCUGGCACUGGGCCAGUUCCACACCGUGACCCUGCUGCGCAGCCUCACCCAGGGCUCCCUGAUUGUGGGCAGCCUGGCCCCAGUCAACGGGACCUCCCAGGGCAAGUUCCAGGGCCUGGACCUAAAUGAGGAGCUCUACCUGGGCGGCUACCCUGACUACAGCACCAUCCCCAAAGCAGGGCAGAGCAGCGGCUUCAUAGGCUGCGUCCGGGAACUACGAAUCCAGGGCGAGGAGAUCGUCUUCCACGACCUCAACCUCACAGCGCACGGCAUCUCCCACUGCCCCACCUGCCGGGACCAGCCUUGUCAGAACGGGGGCUGGUGCCAGGACUCAGAGAGCCGCAGCUACGUGUGCAUCUGCCAGGCGGGCUUCACCGGAAGCCGCUGUGAGCACUCCCAGGCCCUGCACUGCCACCCAGAGGCCUGUGGGCCCGACGCAACCUGUGUGAACCGGCCCGACGGCCGAGGCUACACCUGCCGCUGCCACCUGGGCCGUUCAGGGAUGAGGUGUGAGGAAGGUGUGACCGUGACCACCCCCUCCAUGUCGGGCGCUGGCUCCUACCUGGCCUUGCCCGCCCUCACCAACAUGCACCACGAGCUACGCCUGGACGUCGAGUUCAAGCCACUGGAGCCCAAUGGGAUCUUGCUGUUCAGCGGAGGGAAGAGGGAGCCCGUGGAAGAUUUCGUGUCCCUGGCGAUGGUUGGUGGCCACCUGGAGUUCCGCUACGAGCUAGGGUCAGGGCUGGCUGUUCUGCGGAGCACAGAGCCGCUGGCCCUGGGCCGCUGGCACCGUGUGUCUGCCGAGCGCCUCAACAAGGACGGCAGCCUGCGGGUGAAUGGCGGACGCCCUGUACUGCGCUCCUCACCUGGCAAGAGCCAAGGCCUCAACCUGCACACCCUCCUCUACCUCGGUGGCGUGGAGCCCUCCGUGCAGCUGUCCCCGGCCACCAACAUGAGCACUCCCUUCCGUGGCUGCGUAGGCGAGGUGUCAGUGAAUGGGAAGCGGCUAGACCUCACCUACAGCUUCCUGGGCAGUCGGGGCAUCGGGCAGUGCUACGACAGCUCCCCGUGCGAGGGCCAGCCCUGCCAGAACGGCGCCACAUGCUUUCCUGCCGGCGAGUAUGAGUUUCAGUGCCUGUGUCGGGACGGCUUCAAAGGGGACCUCUGCGAGCAUGAGGAGAACCCCUGCCAGCUCCGUGAGCCCUGUCUCCACGGGGGCACCUGCCAGGGCACCCACUGCCUCUGUCCCCCCGGCUUCUCUGGCCCACGUUGCCAACAAGGCUCUGGACAUGGGGCAGCGGAGUCCGAUUGGCAUCUUGAAGGCAGCGGGGGCAACGAUGCCCCAGGACAGUACGGAGCCUAUUUCCAUGAUGAUGGCUUCCUAGCCCUCCCCGGCCACGUCUUCUCCAGGAGCCUGCCGGAGGUGCCGGAGACCAUCCAGCUGGAAGUUCGGACCCGCACAGCCAGCGGCCUCCUGCUCUGGCAGGGCAUGGAGAUGGGAAAGGCCAGCCAAGGGAAGGACUUCAUCAGUCUUGGACUUCAGGAUGGGCACCUUGUCUUCAGCUACCAGCUGGGCAGUGGGGAGGCCCGCCUCAUCUCUGAGGAUCCCAUCAAUGACGGCGAGUGGCAUCGGGUGACGGCGCUGCGAGAGGGCCGGAGAGGCUCCAUCCAGGUGGACGGGGAGGAGCUGGUCAGCGGCCAAUCCCCAGGCCGGAACGUAGCAGUCAACACCAAGGCCAGCGUCUACAUCGGCGGAGCCCCCAACGUCGCCAAGCUGACCGGGGGCAGGUUCUCCUCAGGCGUCACGGGCUGUCUCAGGAACCUGGUGCUGCACUCUGCCCCACCUGGUGGCCCUCCUCCCCAGCCGCUGGAUCUGCAGCACGGCGCCCAGGCAGGAGCCAACACGCGCCCCUGCCCCUCGUAGGCAGCCGCCGGCCCCACAAGGACUGCUGGGCAGCGUCCCAGCCCCACAAUGUCGAGUCCAUUAUUAAUAUUAUUAUUAUGACUAUUUUGUAAGAAACUGAGGCGAUGCCACGCUUUGCUGCUACUGCCCUGGGCUGGACUGGAGGGUGGACACGUCACCCCCCCACACGAACACCUGGGCAAAGCCACAGGCUGGGAAACAGAACAGGUGGAUGGGAGCAGGUGCCUCAGAGGGGCAGGCAAGGUGGCUGAGUGGGCUCAGGAGAGCCCCCAUGGCAACACUGGGCCACCGCCCGUUCCUGCAGCCCUGGGCAGCGCUUGUCCCUACAAGAGCCAGUCUCGGCGUACAGCCUGGGUCCGCACCAGCCACUGGGAGCACAGGGCGUCGCAGUGGGCUUUGCCACCCUCCUCUGGGUAGCAAAAGCUCUUUAGUGCCAACUGUGGAGCAAAAGGCAGCUCACCCUGGACAGGCAGCCCCACCCCAGUUAGCCCAUGUCCCCACCCCCCUCCACCUUCACCUCCGCCUGGCCAGCUGGUCUGCACCCCCACCCCAAUACCUAGCCCGGGGCACCUGCCCUCAGGGGCUACAAGGAAAAGUCCAUCCCAGCUCUUACCAGGAGCUGCUACAGGCAGAGCCCAGCACUGAGAGGGUCUCCCUGCCCACCCAGGCCACAUCCCCCUACUGACCUGGAAGUGAAGGCCCAAGGGAUAUGGGGGGAGGAGGCAUCGGUGGUUGGAAAGAACUAGUGCCUUGGGUGGGGGAAGCUAAGACUCAUAAUGGAGGGACAGGAAGGGGCCAUAACAGCCUUGUCCCAUCAUUGGGAACCUGAGGGCCCAAAUGGGGGCAAGUGCCCUUCUCACCAGCAGUCCCCCAGAUGUUGGGGUGGGACACUUGACCUGUGUCCUACAAGGGACCCUCCUGUGGUCUUUGUCUUGAUCUUUUCUUAAUAAACGGUGCUAUCCCCGCCA